UAUUACUACUGUGAUAAACAUCUUUCUAACCAUAAUGCAUUUCAUAACAAACGGUUUCAAAGUGAAUGCUUUUCACAGACAAACUCGCCCGAUCCAAGACAGUCCCUUAAAUGUAUAGUUUUAGAGAAAGGGGUAAUGUUUCACCCUCAAAUUUGAAUUAGAGAACAUGAAGCCAUUCUCAGACAUUUUGUAACCCCCCCCCCCUCCCCUUGCCCUACUCUUGUGAUGCACCAAGUUAGGAUACUGGUCUUUGACAAUUACCAACGGUAUACACUGCCUUUAAAAUGUAGUCAUACUAAAUUACAGUCGAUAACAACACACGCGCUUCCGUACAAUUUGACGGUUGUUUUUCUUCUCUAAGGCAAAAUGAUUGCUUUGGGUUUUGCUUGUUUGUUUUAGCCCUUUGAAUUAUGAACCCACAUCGUGAUUGCAAUCAAUGUAUUUCGCUGUGUUUCCAUUGGCUGUUGAACAACAUGGAGACUCCUUUACUUUUCAUUUCCCAACAAUUGGUCACUCUCCAACUCUGAUUGCGCCAUUAGUUUGGAACGCAAAGGGCAGUCAGAGCUGCUGUUACAUCAGAACGAUGACUGGUCUUCUACUUGACGUUUCUACGAGUCCUUUCCAAUUAAUGUACAACACAUCACGAAUGGUCAACAGCGCAGCGAUGCACUGAAUCUCCCCAAAUUCUGAUAACUUGAAUAUCUUUCAGAAUGAUGCUGAAACUGUUCACUGAAGAACUGUGAUAAACUCUGUAAGAUAGUUCCCCAAUCCUCAAACAACAUUGUACAUAAUGAAACUACUCGUGUGAUUUGUAUUCGUAUGGAAGAUUGUAGAUACUUUACAAUCAGCUCAACUUUUAUGCGCAAGGCUGCAGCAACCCCAUCUUUGGAAGCAACGCAGCGGUUCGUGCUACCUGUUUCUGGACUCGAAGCUAGCUCGUGGGCCCGCUGUAGAACUCUGCCGGUCCAAGUGUGCCGAGUUAACAGCCCCGACGACCGACGAAGAGAAUGAAAUAGCAUGGGGUGUGUUCAAAGACGCUGUGGGUGGGAAAGAGCAGGGUGUGACCAAAAUGUGGCUUGGGUGUAACAACACCAACGGAGCAUGGGUGUGUCUGGGUGAUACACCCGGGAAGAAGUACCGCAAUUGGUGGAAUUGAGUCGACCCCGAAACUGAAAAUACGUGUGCGGUAAUGAGGCACUCAGACGGGAAAUGGUAUGGAGCUGUGUGCGAUAAAGAUAACUUCCCGAAACACACCCUAUGCGAGGCACCGGCUACUGUUGGACCAUUCGCCCUUUUAGAUGUACCUCGAUGCCGAAACCCAGUGGACUCUGCCCCGACCCGAUCCACACCGUGAAAGUAACGAGUCGGAAGCAGUGUUGCCUGGCGUGCGCAAAGGAGUGUAGCUGCCGUUCUUUCAGCCUUACCAACACCCUGGACUGCCAGAUGAACCCGUGUAAGAUCAACGAUGCGAGUACUACCUUGAAAAAUCAGACGUCGUGUGAAUACUACGAGUAUGAGAUGUGAGGUUUAUUCAUCAGUUGAAAACAUGACUUUAGUUUAUAUGAUCAAAGCACAACAGUUAGCCAAAUUCACCUCCUCCUCCCGCCGGCUUCCCCGUGAUGCAAGCGAACUGUGACCAUAGAGCAACUUUGACCGUGUGUCUCAACUUGCUGAUCAAUUCCGUCACGUGUUUAGAAAGCGAUGGCAGGAAAGUGAUUGCACAAUAAAGCUGGCCUUGGCCCGCAAUUGAUGACUCCAGUGAACCAUGGAUGGCGGGGGGCCAGGCGAGGGAAAUAAAAUCACUUAUGCAGUACACCAAUUGUCAAUAAAUAACAUGUACAGUGGCGAUAUUUGCUUGCUGCGUUGGUACGAUCCAUUGCGUGUAGGACCUUACUAUAUUCCCAUAGUCUUCAUGGUAUUGUUUUAUUGUGGUUCAGACAUUACUCAGAGGUAGGCAGACAGAGGGCAUUGGGGUUAGCUGCCUUGUGUUUACGGAGGGAGAUUGAGCAACAUGGUCGCUUGUGCCAUUAUGCUCUCACUAUAUUGAUUUUCUGUGAUGAUCCACUGGCACUUGAGGGGAUGGGCGAGAUAGCGACACCAAGUCGACACCGUUUGAAGAACCAACAAUCUACCCGCCGGACAAAGCACGGCAAAGAUGACAGUAGCAACUCCGUGGCUGGUUACUACCCGGAGGGGGGAUGGGGCUACGUGGUCGUCGUGGCAGCCUUCUUUGCCCUUAUGACCCAGAUGGGGAUAAUCGUCUCCAUGGGGGUGUAUCUAGAACACAUCGAGAAGGAGUUUCACGCUGGGGCUGGGAUCGGCGGUUGGAUUUCCAGCGGGUGUUUCGCUGUCCUUGCGUUGUCAUCACCAAUUGCUGGACACACCAUGCAGCAUAUCGGAUGUAGAGCCACGGCGAUGAUAGGGGGCGCUAUCAUGUGUUCAGGGUUCGUCUGUGGGAUGUUUGCAAGCUCUGUCCUACAGCUGUUUAUGUUUGCCGACGUCGUAGCAGGUUUUGGUGGCUCGUUGACGCACAUCUCGGCAACGGUCGUGGUUGGUCAAUACUUCAACAGACACUACGCCUUGGCGAACUGUUUCGCGUACACGGGGCAGGGGAUCGGCAUUAUGAUUUUCCCGCCCAUUCUCCAAACGUUGAUACAGACGUACGGCUGGCGCGGCUGUAUGCUUAUACAGGGCGCCCUCACUCUGCACAUAUCAGUAGCAGCGUCUCUGUACAGACCAGUUCGGAAGCCUAGCGAUCGUGUCAACAACAACCAGUCGCAACUUCAAAGGCUGAGAGACACGCGAAAAGACGUUGACUGUACAGCAGAAGAAGUAUCCGAAAAGAAUCGAACCUCAAACAGUCGUCCGUCAGAUUAUAUGUUAGAUAAAAGCGACCAGACUACAUUCACCGACGAAUUUGACGACCCACCGAGGGCUGUUCCAGGAGGAGAGACGCCAACCAGCAGGUUUGCGGACGAGGUUGUACAGACUGAUUUUCCUGACGAACCCGUCGAAUCAAACACCGUGUCCGAUGACACUUCCGGGUCCACCACUGCGUCAUCUGUUGACUCGAUCGUACAUCUAACAGAAGUCGGUGUUCAGACGAAGUUCACCAGUGAGGAAAAUCUGGCUAGGUUCCUCGCGAAGGAAGACCAAUUCCUGGACGGUGGGAGUCGUGGGCCUUGGCAGUGUCUCCGGAGACUGUGCCGGCAGAAGUGUGGCGGUGUGUCGGCGGCGUCCUUGGUCUUCAUCUACGCCGUGUUUGUCUUCGAGACCUUCGGCUACGGUGGGUUCUUCGCUCAUAUCGUCGCGAAGGGUGGCGAGAUUAGCGGGACCGAAGGCCAAGCCACAUGGGCUCUGUCAAUCUUUGGCGUAGGUAGUUUAACUGGCAGAAUUACACACGGAUGGAUUCUAGACCGUAAAAUCCUCUCACCGCGAACAGUCAACGCCCUGUCCCUGGUCAUCUCCGGGGGUGCGUCCGUUCUAGUCGCCGUCGUAGACACCAUGCCCGGAGUUCUAGCCGGAGCGUUCUUUGCCGGUCUCGGCAGUGGGUGGUACCUGCCGCUGCAGCAGGUUCUACUGAGGAAUGUCGUGGGGCAGUCCAGGCUACAUCUUGCGUAUGGUUACGGAUUGGUGUUUGAGGGGAUCGGGUCGCUUGCUGGGGGCUUUGUUAUAGGUUAUAUUCGUGACGUCACCGGAAACUACGUCCUGGCCUACUGCUUUCUUGGUUUCGUCUUCAUGCUCGGCGUGGCGGUAUUCAUAAUGGACUGUUUCUUUGAGAAGAAACGAUCGUCCGUACAGGACUUGCGCGUCGAUCUCAAGUCGGAGCAGCCUACACGUGAAACAGUGGUUUGAGUACACGGCUGUUUCAUGUUUUGAUAUCUACCCAAACACAAAAUAAUAGGGCAAGUCGGAUGGUCGGAGCAACCUGCACGUAGAAUAGUGGUUUGAGUGCACGGCUGUUUAAUGUUUUGGGAGCAGCCUGUCAAUGUAACAGUUGUAUAAGUACACGGAUGUUUCAUGUCUUGGGAGCAGCCUGCCAAUGAAACAGUGGUUUGAGUACACGGCUGUUUCAUGUUUUGAUAUAUACACCAACACAAAAUAAUAGGGCAAGUCGGAGCAGCCUGCACAUGAAAUAGUGGUUUGAGUACACGGCUGUUUCAUGUUUUGAUAUCUACACAAACACAACAAAAGACAAGUUCGAGUAGCGACCAUUUUGUCAACCCCGAGUCAGUGAGCAUGGUUACUAUGCAUGCAGUCUGGGCACAAGGCAAAAUCGCCCAACGGCGAACAAUGGUCAACUAUGUCCCGCAAUCGAACUUGCUCUAUAACUUACAACUACAUAUAAAUCCGGGAGCAGUGACCCCUUGUGUUUAUUUUGCGCUAUUGAAACCCCUAAGUUGGGGUUUAAUAGAUGUGCGUGUUUUUAACUUGGCCUUGUCAUGUCGCAAUAUUAUUCACUAAGUGCCUUUAAAUUUUACAAACUUCACGACCUAACCACAAUAAUGGUGUUUGAGUUCUAUAUGCAAGUUUAUGUUUCUAAAGCGAGGCUGAACGUUUUAUAGGCUCGGAUUCUCCUUAUAAUAAUGUUAGUAACUUAACCCCAUUUAUGCAAUGAACUCAAACUGAGGCUGACUAUAAAUAGGCAGGGUGCAGGGUCCUUUCUUGAUAAUAUUACAAACAUUACUCCAAUGUUCACGGUGUCGGCCUACGCAUUCUUAAAGGUGCAAUUCGAAGUUAAGGCCUUCAGUAAUCCAUUUUAAAAAGGAAAUGACUUGAAUGAGAUUUUCUGAAAAGGCGGCACUAAACAAGUGUACGGUUAUUUUUCUCUUUUGAUUAUUAUUUUCUACGUUUUAAGACAUCUGUCCAACCGUAUUUAUUUCGAAGCUUUUAAAUGCUUUAAAGCGCUCAAAGCGCACACCUCUUUCUAAAAAAAAACUACGUUACUUCUUUAAAGGGAGCCGUUUCUCAUACACAUUGCUCCCGACAAAGUAAGUUUGUAAUGCAAACAAUUAUUUUGAGUAAUUUCCAAUAGUGUCAAGUGCCUUUAACAUAUUUUCCAAUACCUUUUUUAAAAUGUCAUGUUACCGAGGCUGAAUAUACCCUUUAUUAGGACGUGCCUUAAGUUGUUAUUAGUCAUCUUUUUUGAGCGAUAACAACAUCAGGCAAAAUAAAAUCAAACAGUCUUCGGAGUUUAGUGUAAUUAUUAUUUUUUUAACCAUAAAAAGAGCCUCUUAAAAAAUAAUUUAUAAGGAGAAUACAAUAUUAAUUUUAACUACAUAAUGUAUUUUAAACGUUAAAAGGCAAACAAGAAUUGCUUGCCUGUUAUGCACAACUUUAUGCACAAUUUCUUUUUAUGAAUUUAAUAUACACGAAACAGUAUCGUCCACCAACACCUGUAUAUACCUGUAUGGACAAGUCACCCACAUGUUUAUUUUAUAAACUCGCAUACAUUUCAAAAUGUUUUUAUAGAUGUUAGUUCAAAGUUAUAUAUCAGAAAAGUGGUAUUUUUUUAUAUCAGGAAAGUGGUAUUUGUUUGAUACAUAAUUACAUUAUACACCAUGUGUAAUAGAGAUUUAUUAUUAUUGCUGACAAACUUCUCUCACCAUGUUUUGUAUCUUUCAUAAAAAGUGUUUAAUAAUAUACAAUAUAAUAACAUAUUUAGAAGCCAACUA